CUGUACAUCGUUUGUGACAUAAUGGCCAAAUCGGACAAUGUUAAAGAUCAUGUUAAAAUUGCAGAAGAAAAUAUUCUUUGUGGUGAUGGUAUGAAAGAAUACCUUGAGCCUAGAUUCGAGUGUCCUAUUUGUUUAACUUGGCUACACGAUCCAGUUUUAACAUCUUGUGGUCAUAAGUUCUGUUCGCAAUGUAUAUACACUUGGCUUCAAAAGGAAGGAGCUUGCUGUCCAAUUGAUAGCAAACCCUUAAAAUCUGAAGGCGAUUUAUUCAGAGACUUGUAUACUAGCAGAGAGAUAUCACAACAACGUAUGCCUUGUCCUUACCAACAAUUUGGCUGUGAGGUUAAACUAUCACCAGUGGAUAUGGAAGCACAUAUAAACCAGUGUAUACAUAAUGGAAGUCUUUCAAGUUCACGAAAUGUGAACUGUCUCUUUAAAAAUGUUGGUUGUAUGGGAAGUUUUCAAACAGAAGAAGAUUUACAUGCCCAUUUAGAAAAAAACACAAACCUUCAUUUAACCUUGGUGCUAAAGGCAUUACCACAACUAUCUAUCUCACGAAAUCAGACUAAUGCAAUAACUGCAGAAUCUAAAUUGUGGGAUCCUCCACCAAAAAAUGCUUCUCUAGAAAAAAAUGAGCCAUCAUUAGAAUGGCAACAAUUGUUAAAGAAUCUAUAUGAAAGAAUAGUAAUAUUAGAACAACAAAACAGAGAACUGUCUAUAGCAGUUUCCAAUCAAAAAACUCAACUUACAACUUUACAAACUUCUCUUCAAUUUAAUCAAGAUGAAAUGUUUUUACGUAGUUGUAAUGGUGUUUAUAUUUGGAGACUACAAUCUUUUCACGAAAAACUUGAAAGUAUGAUGAAUGAUUCAUUAAAAAUGUUUUAUAGUCCUGGUUUUUAUACUAGUCCUAAUGGUUACAAGAUUUGUGCUAGAAUUAAUGUAUCUUCUAAAGAUCCUGAAUAUUUAUCACUACUUCUACAUAUAAUGAAAUCAGAAAAUGAUGAUGGUUUGGAUUGGCCAUUUAAUGGAACAAUGUAUUUUAUUUUGGUACAUCCACAUGACUGGAAAAAAGAUAUACGCGAAAUAACUUCAUCAAGACCAGAUCUUGAAGCUUUUAGGAAACCAGUAUGUGAAUUGAAUAAGCGCAGUUUUGGUUACACAGAAUUAGUGCGAAUACAAGAUUUACCUGAUUUUUUGCAAAAUGAUUGUUUGAUUUUUAGGAUAGAAGUUCGUGUUUAUGAUAGAUUUAGUUCACAAAUAUAG